UUGUCAUCGCGUUCCUUGCUGUGUUUUAAGCAUAGACACUGCGGGCGGAGGAGAAAAUGUUCACAAUGCGGCUCUAACAGCAGUAAUAUUUUUUUCUUUUCUAUAGGCUGUUAGGGUCAAAUAACGUAUUUCUCUAGUAUAAUACUGAAGAGACACAGGUCAGUGAUCCAAAAACUAAGAAUUCCACAUUUAACGCGAAGGCUAGCUCAUAAGCUACUAGCUAACGCCUAACGUUAGCUAUGGAGGAGAGGAAAGAGGAGGGAGAAGCGGAGAUCCAAGAGCACGGCCCCGAACAUUGGUUCUCCAAAUGGGAACGGCAGUGCUUAGCAGAAGCAGAGCAGGAGAGUCCAAACGAAGAGGAGAGCGAACAAAGUCAGCAGAAGCUGUGGCACCUCUUUCAGAACUCAGCCACUGCGGUGGCACAGCUCUACAAAGAUCGAGUAUGUCAGCAGCAAGGCCUUUCUCUCUGGGUGCCCUUCCAGAAUGCGGCCACAGCUGUCACCAACCUGUAUAAAGAGAGCAUGGAGGCCCGCCAACGGAGCUAUGAUCUGGGCAUUCACUUAGGGCACCAGCGUAGAAAUAAGGAAGUGAUUGCAUGGGUGAAGAAACGCAGAAGAACUAUCAGACGAGAAGACCUCAUCAGCUUCCUGUGUGGCAAAGUUCCCCCUCCACGGACUGCUCGUGCCCCGCCCAGGGUGUCUGCAAGCCGACCAUCACCUCCAGAGACAGUCAGCUCCGUGGAGACGGACCUGCAGCCUUUCAGAGAGGCCAUAGCACUGCACGGUCUCAGUGGUGCCAUGGCCAGCAUUUCUGUGCGUUCUGGUCCUCCUGGAUCCCCGACUCACCCUGCCCAGUCCCUCAGUCGUCGUAGGAAUGGUCUUCAUGAUGUGGAUCUCAACACCUUCAUAGCUGAGGAGAUGGCACUCCAUUUAGAUUCCACCGCCAACCGUAAACGAGGCCCUGCCCCCUGUAGUGAUGUCAUCACAGACUCACCCACUCAUAAACGUAACAGGAUGCUCUGAACUUUUCCUACACCACUGAUCCCUCCUCUGUCCUCUCCUCGGUGGCCGACUGGACAGCUGAUGGAGACUGAUGCCUUGGCCAACCAUUGAAAUCUUCCUCCUUAGUUGCAAUGCUACAAAUAAAAAAAACAUAACUAUUAUCAGCCUACAUAUUUAGCCCCUUCUUUAUUUGCCCACCGCCCAUAUUUUGUCAACAAGAAAUUUGUUAUUGUGUCACACAUUUUCAACAUGGCAGAGUUCUGUUUUGUUUUAGCACAUUUACUUACCCGUUUGUUUGUUUUUCCCUCAGUACAUUGGAUACUGAAGCAAGCACACCCUACACUUGAAAUCCUUAAAUUUCAGAAUGUUGCAGUUAAACUUUGUUUGUUUGGCCGGGCUCCUUUGUGCUUCACAUUCGAUAAUCAGAUGAACCAGAUUGUUGCCUACUGUUUGCAGUUCUCUUCCCCUCUCUCUUCAAGCGUACUUCCUCCUCUGUGGAGUGCUGGCCAAACCAGACUGGACUAAAAACCGGGCUCCUCGGGAGGUCGACCUGCCUCCCUGCUGUGUGACUCGACUCAAAAGCGCUUGUCAGCGUGUGUAUCUCAUUCUGCUGCUGCUCUGUGUGUUUGCGUAUCUGACAGCAGAACUGCCACUUACUGUGUUGUACUUGUCUUCGCCUUUGAGAAAGCUGCUACACUAUCUCUGGUUGUUGUGCAACAGUGAGUGUGUGUGUGUGUGUGUGUGUGUGAGUGUUUGUGUGUGUGCCUGUGGAUGCAGGGUUCUAGAAAAUCCAGCAUCCUGUUGACCGAAUUAUUUCCUCUUUUACUUAAAUUCAUCCUAUUUUUAUUUUCUUUAGUAGCUCUUUGCAGCCCAAACCAGGGUUUUAUCACAAAGCAGGUCAGUUCAGUUCACACAGAUGAGUGGGGUGACGGGAUGGAAAAUAGAGAUGGAUUUUCCAGCAAAGCUUUCUCUGAGCGAGUACCCUUGUCCUGCAUUCUUAUUUGUAAUUUUAUAACCACACUGUUACCUAUUGUCGAGUUUACAAACAUACAAAUGCGCACAGUUUCCAUAUCACCAUCCAUAUACACUUGACUGAGUACUGCUUAUUGCAUUUUUGCAUUGAAGGCAGGAACAGGGUUUCAGAGCUUGCAUUUUACAUACUCUGUUUACAUUUGACCCAUUAGUAAGAACUUAGACUGUUGCAUUGCAUCUUUUAGCCUAUUGAUUUUCAAGAUUUACAACAAUUUCACACUUGUAAUUUCAGCUUUAAACCUAAAAAAAAUUACAAGGGGCAGUUACCUGUGAACCAGUAGGGGCCGAUGGCUGUGAUAUUUUAUUUUAUUUAGCCAGCUCAUGGACUAUUGGGUGUGUUGGUUCAGCAAGACACUUGUUUUUGCUAAUUUCACACACUGCUUUGUGAUACAAUCUUGUGUAAUGUGUGUAAAUAACAUGUAGGUGCUGUUAUAUGUGGUACAUAUUGUAAAAAGAAGUGCAAAUCCAUUGGGAUGUCCAUGUACAACAACGAUUCUGACAAUAAAGUACAAAUGUUUAACUAA